AUGACGACUAGUAGUACUUCACGUUCAGCUCCACCGCCGUCACUACAAGAAGUACAAAGAAAAUUGUCCGUUCACUCAACAGCUAGACCUAAGAAGGCCCUUCCAGUGUCACAACCACACGUUUCUGGUACCGAGUCUGACUCAGACUCGGCUUUGUCACCCGAUCUUGUCUCUCCAACAUCACAGUCAUAUGGUUCUAACGCGGUCUCCGCCAGCACAUCUCAGCCUCCACUAUCCUCCAUUGCAGAGGGAAAAUCAGGAAGCGGUGAGGAGUCUGACGAAGACGAAGAGGAGGAGGAGGAAGGUGGUUGGAGAACCGCAACCAAGGCUGAAAACCCACAAAGUUCUUUCGACGAGAAGAUGAUCAAGUCGGGCUAUCUAUGGAAGAAAGGCGAGCGACGCAAGACUUGGAAAAAACGAUGGUUCGUUCUUCGACCUGCACAUAUCGCUUAUUACAAGACCAACGCGGAAUACCAACUGUUACGCCUGCUGGAUCUCUCCGACGUACAUUCCUGCACCCCAGUCGCGCUCAAGAAACACUCCAAUACGUUUGGUGUUGUCUCUACUGUUAGAACGUUCUAUCUCCAGGCUGAAAGCCCAGUGGAAGUCCAGCGGUGGGUCCAGGCAAUACAGGACGCGAGGGAGGCUCUCCUGACCAUUUCAACUCAAACAUCGCUACUAACACCCCCUAUACCGAUACCCGGGGCUCAAUCAGCACCUUGUCGCAUUAUGGUCUCGAACUCGCCUCCGAAAGCAUCCCACGCUCAAAAUAUAACCUCCUCGGACUCAGAUGAUGCCUCGCCAAGCGCACAGCGAACCUACUCGACGUCCUCGCAGAAUCGCCUUGCAAUUUCUUCCUCACCCACGCGAAUGCAAGCUAUACCAAAAGAAGCCGCAAAGAUAGUCUUAUCUGGAUAUUUGAUGAAAUGCGGUUCGAAACGACAUAAUUGGCGCAAACGGUGGUUCAUGUUGAACGGUGAAAAAUUAGUCUACUCGGGAAGUCACAUGGACACAAAACCCCAUCGGCAGUUUUCAUUUUCUGAGAUUCUCGAUGCCCUGGAGUUCGAUAUGCGGGGUCACAAGCACAGUGCACCCAUUCCUCCUCCUUCCACUUCGCCACUAUCAUCAACAGUACCCGAUGACUCGCACGGCCACUUUACGUUCAAGAUAGUCACUACGAAAAGGACGCUACUGUUAUGUGCUCCAAGCGAGGAAGAAGAAAUUAAAUGGCUUAGUGCCAUUCGUGCUCUUAUAGCUCGACGAUCAGGCGCCGGUGUCGUGCCAGGAGAUCUGGGUGGAAAUGUCGGCAGCGCUUCGAAGCAGCCGGCUUCUGGUACAGACACCAAUCAGGGCUCUGGGGGAGGAUCUGCAUCGAGUAGCGGGUUGAGACACAAGGUCAGGAACUUGAGUAUAAGCGGACCGAGUGGCAUUGCCGCAGCGCCCAUUUCGGAGGACUAGAACAAAGUACAAACAACGCAAGAUAACGGCAUCCUUCCAAGUCACCUCAGUUGUCCUUCAGUAACACUCUCACGUCAUUAUUUUUCCAAUCAUGCUUCCCCGGGUGUAUUUGAACUCGACUGUCAUCAUUCAUUGCCUCACGGGCAUCAGUUCUAUUCCUCUUCUAGUGAUAUCUAUGUCUCAGUCUGGUGUUCUGCAGUUUAUGUAGACGACCCUCUGUUCGCUUGUGCUACAAUGGUUGGACGUAUAGGCCCUGACACUAGGGCAGAUUCGAUUGCGAUUUCAUAUAUAAUAUACAAUACUAGUUUGAUAAUCAGAAAGCGACAAGCGCGGAUGAUUUGACAAGCAAA